GUCCGUACUCUGUUCAUUAACCAUUUCAUAUAUAAAUCCUUCCCCCACCGAAAUAAUUUUGUGAUACUGCCUGAACUUAGAUAUAGAUAAAGACUAUAGAGAGAGAGAGAGAGAGAGAGAGCUAGCUCCAGACACAGAUAAGCAGCUGGAGCAUUAACAAGAGGGAGAUCCAGUACUAGCUACCGCAAUACCUUAACAUUUACAACCAGCUAGCUAGCUAGCUGGUUUCUCGAUCUUCUGGGCAUGGCAGAGGAAUUUCAGACGGGGGUUUGCGGGGCGAAUUGGUGGAUGAAUUCAUCCAGAAGCCUGUUCCCGGGAGGCUAUGUGUGGACGUCAGAUAUGUUACUGGAUUUGAAGGCCGGGAGGUCUCGUGAUCAGGAGACUCUUGAUUCGGUUUCUGCAGAUAGGACAUCCCUUGUUUUCCAAGAUCUGCAGAAGCCUCAGCAGGCUGAUUCUACCAGUGGCAGCAGUGCUACCAUCUUGAGUGAUUCUGCCUUGCAGAUGAUGGGUUUCGGCUUUUCAUCAUCGUCAACAACUUCGGAUUUGAACCAAGCUUUGCUUCGUGGUAGUGGAACAGCUGAGAACAAUUAUAAUUCCAUGUUACAAGAAAAACGCAUGAAUUCGAGGUUGAAUUACCAACAAGAAAAAGUGGUAGAUUCUUCUCAAAAUAAUUGGAUCCCCAAGAGCAAUGGAAGCGAAGUACUCACUGCUAAUUAUAAGUCUACCAUUCAAGACUUUCCUUCGGACAGUGGCUCCGACAAUAUUACAGCGACUUUCCAUGGAAUAUCGACAGGUUUUCCAGCGAGUUCAGCUUUUAAUUAUGGUUACCCUACAACAUUCGGACAAUGUUUAUUUGAUGAUCUUGAAUCUCAAACCCAGCAACCUCUAUUCAACAAUCGACCCAUCACGAACUUCAAUUACCCAUCGAAUGCUAAUUAUGGGGCAAACUCUAAUGAAAUAAUUUCUCCUUCUUGUCCUAAGCUCUCUACCCUUUAUCCAAAGGAACAGCCUUGUGACCUGCACUCCUCCAACAAAACACCCUUUUGGAAUGCCUCCACGGUCGCUCUAGCUGAAGGUAUUCGACCUGGCCUUUUUCCUUCAUCACAAUCACAAUAUCUAGCGCCAACAUUCGGAGAGAAACCCAAGUUGUUCAACCAGCUCACUGUAAAGCCCAACGUUGAAGAUCAUGUACUUCUAGACUCGGUCUCAGUACUGGCGAAGAAAAGUGGCAGUGAACCCGUAUUCAAAAGGCCUAGAAUUGAAACCCCAUCACCAUUACCAACUUUUAAGGUUCGGAAAGAGAAACUAGGGGACCGAAUAACUGCACUCCAGCAAUUGGUUUCACCUUUCGGAAAGACUGAUACAGCAUCCGUUCUCCAUGAAGCUAUAGAUUACAUCAAGCUCCUCCAUGAUCAAGUCGGUGUUUUGAGUACUCCAUAUAUGAAAAAUGGAACGCCACCAUUAAUUCAGCACCAAGAGGGCACUGAUAAACUGAAGGACAGUAGUAGUAGUCCUGAUCAAGACCAAAACCAAGAUUUAAGAAGCCGAGGACUCUGUUUGGUUCCGAUUUCAAGCACCUAUCCAGUUGCUAACGAGACAGCAGCUGAUUUCUGGACGCCAACAUUUGGAUCAGGAGCAUUCGGGUAGAUCAGAAGCUGAGAAUGAAGCCGAAGAUUUUCCAUAUACUAAUUAAGUAGUAGUAGAGUAUCAACAACAAGAGAAGCUAGAAAUGCUGAUAUCAGUUUUGGAAGAAGAAUAAAAAAUUGGAAAGCACAGAAGCUA